CUCAGGUCCUAAAGAACCUAUGACAUCUUACGUUGGCCUUGAGUCUGCUGUCUUAUUGGCAAUCUUUGUCAUUCAAGCAAUCGAAUUAGGCCAUUCCAUUGCUUCGACCAAUGUAAGUUGUAUUGGUGUAGAGAGAGAAGCUCUUUUGAAGUUCAAGCAUGGUCUCACUGAUCCUUCAAGACGACUGUCGUCGUGGACCGGAGAGGAAUGUUGCAAGUGGGAAGGAGUCGAAUGCAAUGAGAAGAACGACCAUGUCGUGAAGCUCGAUCUUCAUAAUCCAUGUAUUGAAGAGAUCGAUAUUGACAUCUUCGUACCUUCAGAUAAGUGCAUGCUAGGAGGUAACAUAGUUCCUUCUUUAACUGAACUAUAGUAUCUCAAGUAUCUGGACCUUAGUGUCAACAACUUUUCAACCCAGGAAAUCCCAAUGUUUUUGGCUUCUCUUCAGAAACUGGAGUAUCUUAACCUUUCAUAUGCAGGCUUCUACGGACGUAUUCCUAGGCAACUCAAUAACCUUUCCAAAUUAGAAUACUUGGAUCCGAGUAGUGAUUUCGGUUUGGGUUAUAUAACCUCGAAUGACCUUGAUUGGGUGUCAAAAUUAUCUGCCUUGAAAUUCUUGCACAUGUCAUUUGUUGGCCUUUCGAAGGCUGAAGAUUGGUUCUGUUCUAUUAACAUGCUUCCAUCUUUGCAAUCUUUAGGAUUGAGAAACUGUGAAUUGCAACAUAUUUUUAGCUCUUCGCAAGCCAAUUUCACCUCUCUUAGAUUCCUCGACAUUGGGUUUAAUAGCAUAAGCUCUAUUCCACCAUGGAUAUAUAACUUGAGCCAGCUAGAACAUAUUGAUUUGUCUUCCAAUGAUUUUUCGAAAAGCUACCUUUCCAUGGCAAUCUUCGAGAAUAAUCGAAGGCUUGCCUAUUUUGACGUGUCUCAAAAUUUGAUGCAAGGUGAAUUUCCAAAAAACUUAAGCAGUCUUUGCAAAUUGCAAGUGGUACGAUUAUAUGGUAACAACUUCAAUGGGAAUAUCACCAGCAUUUUAGGCGGUGCUCUUGGUUGCGUGCAAAGUAAGUGGAAGAUCUUUGAGGUUUUCAACAAUGAUUUUAGCGGUGACCUACCAAAUCAAUUCGGAGAUUUCAAAGAACUAGAGCUCCUUGAUCUUUCAGGGAACUCUUUUUCUGGUUUUCUUCCUGUCAAUUUGGUUGAGCUAUCAUCUCUAAGAAACUUGCAUCUAGCAAAUAACAAAUUGAGCGGGACCAUUCCAGAGAGCAUUGGGCGACUAUCGAAUUUAAAGGAGCUCCAUUUUGCGCAGAAUUUGUUGUAUGGAGUUGUUGGCGAACUUCACUUUGAAAAUCUCAGAAACCUGACCAGUUUAGACAUUUCCUCUAAUAAGCUCAUAUUAAAUGUGAGCUCUGCCUGGGUUCCACCAUUCCAAGCUCGUGACAUAGAUUUGUCGGAUUGUAAAGUGGGACCUGAAUUUCCAAGAUGGCUUCAAACACAGAGGAACAUUACCACUUUGUCGAUGUCAAAUGCGAGCAUCUCAGGCGGCAUUACUAAUUGGCUCUACAACAUUUCCUCUAACAUUGAAUAUUUAGAUAUCUCAAGCAACAUGCUUAGAGGCCAAGUUCCCCGAGAUAUUGGAGACAAGAUGCCACGAUUAAGAGUAUUGAGACUUUGGGGUAAUAAUCUCACUGGCGGCAUUCCGAGUUCUUUGUGUAAGUUGAAUAGGUUGACUCGAAUUAAUCUCUCAAAUAAUCGAUUGUCUGGGAGACUUCCUCGAUGUUGGGGAGCAUUGCAAGAUUUAUGGGUUUUUGCAUUUGGGGAUAACCAAUUAAAUGGUCAGAUUCCGAAAUCCUUGUGCUAUCUUCAGCAAUUAUUCGUGCUUAGCCUAAAGAGGAAUGGCUUUACUGGAGAAAUCCCAAUAUGUUUGUCAAAUCUACCUAUGAUGAUCCUUGAUCUUAGCGACAAUGAAUUCACGGGUAGGUUACCUCCAUUUGGGAAACAUCCUCGACCCUUGGCAGUGAUCAAUUUAGAGAAAAAUCACUUUGUUGGAGGCAUUCCUCCACAAUUUUGCCGACUUCGCAAUCUCUGUUUCUUGAGCCUAGCACAGAAUAACAUUUCUGGACCCAUUCCCAAUUGUAUUGACGGCUUCUCGUCUAUGGUUGAUUCUGCGUAUUUUGCGGGUUUUCCGAACAUGAACGGUCUCAAUUUCAUGGUUAACACAAAGGGAACCAGCCAAAUAUAUGGUGAUGUGCUUUCAUACUACUUCUCGGUCGAUCUUUCUGCAAACAUGUUGGAUGGGCAGAUACCAACAGAGUUCACUAGGCUUCUCGAACUUCAAAAUCUGAACCUCUCUCGGAAUAAUUUGAGUGGACACAUCCCCUCAAACAUUGGUGACUAGAAAAAAUUAGAAUCUCUCGAUCUUUCCAGAAACAAACUGUCAGGUACAAUCCCUCCGAGCAUAUCCGACAUUGACUUCCUUAGUCAUUUGAAUCUGUCUUUCAAUAGACUGUCCGGCCCUAUUCCAUCCGGCAACCAUCUGCGUACUGUGGAUGAUGAAUCUGUUUAUCGUGGCAACAACGGACUCUGUGGAGCUCCUCUUUUGAAGAAUUGUACUAGAGACGAGCCACAUGGUAAUGAUGGACACCAUAGUGAUAAUUCCAAUUGAGAUAAGCCUAGCGAACACGGUUUGGACAUCCGCAACUGGUUCUAUGCAGGAUUGGGACCUGGUUUUACGGUGGGAUUUCUGGGAUUCUGUAGCAUCUUGCACUUCAAGCGAUAUUGGAGGGUCUCUUACUUUCGAGCAUUGGAUAGGGUCAUCGAGAAAUUCUCAAUGACAGCGAUGAUCACCAUGCUUUGGUUCAAGAGAACAUUUCGACAACGCGAAUAGGAGCUUGUUUAGCAGAAGAGUUAGAGAGCUGGUGGAACUUGCCCUACUUUGAAGAACUGCUUUGUAUUAUCAGAUGGACGGAAGAAAGUCCGUUCAAAGCAAUAAACAGAAUGUGUUUCAAGCCUUCAACUUUUCUCUUUCCUCUCUUGUCAAUUUGUAGUACGUGGAAAUAUGAAUAUGUUAAGUUGCGUGGACCAGUCAACUUGACAGGAACUACUAUGGAUAUGUGUCAUUCGAUAAUUUCUUUUAGUUGCCAUUACAGAAGUAAAAAGCAUCAUCGAUUUUCCCACACCGACUUGAGGGCGAGUAUUAGGAUACAUACUUCCCUAGUUUGUGUAGAUAGUAUCUUCAUUUCAAAUUUUAAUUAUCAAUG